UCGGAGAAGAAAUCGAAGAGAUCCUCUCAACUCAUUCACUGGAAAUCGCCCAAUCCUGAGAUCGCCGGAGGAAGAAUCAACGCCGGAGACAAGUUGUUGCUGGGUUUGGGGAAAAGAAGUUGUCGUCGGAGGUGGGUGUGGUCGGAGAAGAUUGAACAAAUGGGAGAGUCAAUAGCUUGUAGUGGAGAAUAGGUUGGAAGAACAGAAGGAUAAGGUUGGAAGAAAUAAAAAAAUAUAUCAGGGAUUUUGAAAUAGCUGGGGGCAAUCAGCUAUUUUAAAAACCUGCCAAUUAGGAAUUCAAAAUUCCUGAAGUCCACAAUUCCUAUACUUCACAAACGCAUAAUUUUGUUAAAAUCUCUCAUGAUUAAGGAU